AUGGUUCAAAAUUUAAAAGAAUAUAUUGUUAAAACAAAUAAAAAAAGUGGAUCCAGUAACAAUUUAUGUUACUGUAAAGCUUGUUUUAAAAAACUUAGUGAAAACCAUUUAGAAUUAAAAACUAUAAUAGAUAAAACUGAAAGAAUUCUCACACAUUUUAAAAAUUGUCAAAAUUUUCAAAAUGCAUAUAGUCAACAAGAAAAAGAAGAAAUAUUCGCUCUUGAUAAUAAAAAACAAAAAGUUAAUUUAGAACCAGUAUUAACUUUACCAAAUCAUUCGCAAUUACCAUUAUUACGAAGAAAAUCAAUUUCAUCCCGCUUAUCUUUAUCAUCCUUUUCUUCUAAUUGGUCAAACUAUGGACCUUUAGAU